CAAGUGAUUUGAUAAUGAACAUGGUUUGGUUGUUGAAACUAAUGCAGGGAACAAGGCUUGGAAGCUCAGAUCCAAAAGGAUGUUUCAAUAUCGGACUACCAUCAGGGAAAUCGCUCUUUCAGAUUCAAGCAGAGAGAAUCUUGUGUGUUCAAAGACUUGCUGCUCAAGUAGUGAGUGAAGGUCCAAUUCGUCCAGUUACAAUACAUUGGUAUAUUAUGACUAGUCCAUUUACUGAUGAAGCGACACGAAAAUAUUUCUCGAGUCAUAAGUACUUUGGUCUUGAACCAGAUCAAAUCAGUUUUUUUCCAACAAGGUACAUUGCCUUGCGUUACAAAGGAUGGAAAGUUUAUCAUGGAGACACCUUUCAGUCUAAAGCUCCAGAUGGUAACGGGGGAGUCUAUGCAGCACUAAAGUGUUCAAGGUUACUAGAGGAUAUGGCUUCUAGGGGAAUUAAAUAUGUUCGAGUAGCUGAUCCUACAUUUCUUGGAUACUUUAUCGACAAAGGGGCUGCUUCGGCUGCGAAAGUUGUGCGGAAGGCAUAUCCUCAAGAACAGGUAGGAGUAUUUGUUAGAAGAGGCAAAGGCGGACCGUUGACAGUAGUUGAGUAUAGUGAACUUGAUCAGUCUAUGGCUUCUGCUAUUAAUCAACGAACAGGCCGUCUUCAAUAUUGCUGGAGUAACGUGUGCUUACACAUGUUUACUUUAGAUUUCCUUAAUCAAGUCGCGACCGGCCUAGAAAAAGACAGCGUCUACCAUUUGGCGGAGAAGAAGAUACCAUCUAUGAAUGGAUACACAAUGGGACUAAAACUCGAACAAUUUAUUUUCGAUUCGUUUCCAUAUGCUCCUUCAACCGCACUCUUUGAGGUAUUAAGGGAAGAGGAGUUUGCACCAGUAAAGAACGUGAACGGGUCGAAUUUCGAUACACCGGAAAGUGCGAGGCUUUUGGUUCUAAGGCUACACACACGUUGGGUUAUAGCAGCUGGUGGAUUUCUAACACAUUCUGUGCCUUUAUAUGCAACUGGUGUAGAGGUUUCACCUUUGUGCUCAUACGCCGGAGAAAAUCUUGAAGCUAUUUGUCGAGGAAGAACGUUUCAUGCACCUUGUGAAAUAUCCCUCUAAUGGUUUUUUGUUUUUGUUUUGGGGUAUUAAAAUGUUUUCUUUGUU